AUGGGGCCAAUCCACGAAAUAACCAGCCAUACCAAAAUCAGUUUUCGCAACAGCCGCAAGGUUCAGGAAAAACCCAAGAAAGAUGAACAGGUCCGACCGAAGCCUCCAUUACCUAAAAUUCAACCUCUGUUUCCAGAACGAUUCAACCAAUGUCGAAGAGGUAAAGAGGACAAGGAAAUCCUCAAAACAUUUAGGAAUGUCGAGAUCAACAUUCCGCUGUUGGACGCCAUCAAGCAAAUACCGUGGUAUGCUAAAUUUCUUAAAGAGCUUUACACCAACAAGCGUAAAUUAACAGGUAAUGAAAGGGUGAAUGUUGGUGAGAAUGUAUCCACAGGGUUACAGCGGAAAAUGUCAGCAAAAUGCAAGGAUAAGGGUGUUAUCAUUCAAUUGGCGGACAAGUCUGUUGUGCUUCCAGAAGGAGUACUCGAGGAUGUUCUGGUAAAAGUUAACGAACUUAUUUUCCCUGCAGAUUUUGUUGUGAUCAAAAUGGAGGAGGAUAACACUUCUGGAUCUUCAGAUCUCCUGUUGGGUCGACCGUUCCUUAGUACAGUUAGUACUAAAAUUGAUGUUCGAAGUGGAACUCUCACGAUGGAGUUUGAUGGAAAGAUCAUAAAGUUUAAUGUCUACGACGCCAUUAGCCAUCCAAGUGAAAUCUUGAGCGAUCUACUUGGAGGAAGACACGAAACUGAGGCAAGAGGUGCAAAGACGGCUAUAUUCAAAUAUGAUAGAGGGUUUUACAGGCGCUUCAUAAAAAACUUCUCGAAGGUAGCUGAACCAUUGUGUCAGUUGUUGCAGAAGGAUAAGAAAUUUGAGUUUGACCCAAAAUGUAAGGAGGCAUUUGAUACACUCAAGCAAAAGUUAGUCUCCGCUCCUAUAGUGCAACCACCAGAUUGGAAAUACCCAUUUGAAAUUAUGUGUGAUGCCAGCGAGCGCAGUGUAGGAGCCGUGUUGGGGCAAAGGAUAGACAAAGAACCAAAUGUCAUAUGUUAUGCCUCGAAAACUCUAGAUGCUGCGCAAACCCUCAGGUACUUGAUCUCGAAGAAGGAAGCAAAACUGAGGCUCAUUAGGUGGAUUUUGCUGCUCCAAGAAUUUGACAUCGAGAUUCGAGACAAAAGGGGAUGCGAGAAUUUAGUGGCUGACCACUUAAGCAGAAUAAAAGUACCUUUUGACGACAUCCCUAUUAAGGAAGAAUUCCCUGAGGAGAGCCUAUUCUCGACCAAGACACGUCUCCCAUGA